ACCGUGGUGGAAAGCGACGCGGUGAUGGGCACCCACGCGGUUUUGAGACCCCUCCUGCCUCCGUGUGAGGGAGUGAGAAUGGCGCUGUGUGGUGCUCUCUGAGCUAUCGUUGCGCUCGUGGUCCCGUUGCUAGAUUAUCGCGAUUGCAGUGUGAGAUAUGCGGUUCGUCUCGUGUUUUUAUUCAGAGAUUUCCGCUUAGCUAGUUUGCAAAUGCUGCGUUGAGUUGCUCGAGGAUUUGCCCUUGUUUGUGAGGAAGAUUCCUUGACAGGGAGCCUGCAAACCCUACACCCCUCCUUGCGAUUCCUCUCCGUGACAUUCGAUUCCGAGUCUGGCACUUGGUUUGGAUUCGCAUGAAUACAGCAGGGGUUUUAGAAUUGCGGGUAUCCCGUGUGGGGGAUCUGACAGAUUGGGAAUUGGAGUCUAUGCUGCAGAUUUUGGGUGGAGAUUGAGAUUUGAGCUCUGUCUUUUGACAAGGAUUUUUGGAGGGGGGGGGUGAGGAUUCAGGAGGUGGGCGGGGAAGCACGCAGCAGUUGUGGCGUUGAUGAAUGUACUUGGUUUUUGCGAGAAGGAUUUUGAGGCAUUUUAGCAUGAGGCCCAACGUUUGGCACAUAGGAUGGGGGGUGAAGUUGAUGUGGGUUUUGGUUCACGCAGUUGGCGUUAGCGGGCUUUUCUUCCUAGACUCUGACUUAUACAGAUACACUACAACUUACUCUUGGUGGGCAGGAAGCUACUUCACCUUGUUGUUGAUAGUUGUGAUUCAGUACUGCUGUACUGCAGGAUCUACACCCGGAUACUUGGCAGAUGUAUUGAGCGAAGAUGCCGGCUUCGAGGCCCGCGCUAAACAAGCUCUAAAUGGAGGAAUUUCUCGGACUUCCUCUCAAGCGGCAGCUGAAGCAGGACGCAGUAUAUACGGAUCCUUUUCAGAGAGCAGUGGGGGAUCAUCUCGAGCUUCCAGAGAAAAUGCAAAAGGUGGGCGCCCCUCUGUUUCGGAGGCGAGCCCCUUGCUAAUGAACUCGCCGAAUGUGAAGCGCGAAUCUGAUGGCCGCCACUUAGUCCGAGCCUCGAACGUAUCGUCGCUGUCGAGCCACACUGGGCGCUGUCCUUACUGCGGGCUAUGGCAACCAUUGAGGACUAAACACUGUCAUGAUUGCGAUAAGUGCGUGCUACGGUUUGAUCACCAUUGUGUUUGGCUUGGGACAUGCGUAGGACAAAAGAAUCAUAGAAAAUUCUGGUGGUAUAUCUUCUAUGAAGCGGCCCUCGUUAUGUGGAGUAUAGUUUGGUACAUCAGGGCUUUUAGGAGGAGUAUUGGGCACACUUGGUGGGUGGAGGAGUCGAUUGUGAUGCUUGUGAUACUCGGCCUCAUCAUCACAGAGUGCUUUCUGAUAACCCUAUUUCUGUUCCAUUCAUACCUGAUAAUAACCAACCAAACCACCUAUGAAUUGACGAGGCGACGUCGUAUCCCGUACCUGAGGAUGCUGCCAGAGAAGGUGCAUCCUUUCAACAGAGGCAUGGAUGUCAAUUUGUAUUCAUUCUGCUGUUCACGGAGCUCCGAGUAUCCAAUUUACGUCCUCCCCAGCCCAGAGGAGUUAGAGGAUAUGGCGCGCCCGACAUCUUGUUUCAACUAUUGUGGAUGAUGGAUAGGAUGUAGUGCGGACUUCUUGUUUUGACCUUUGCUGGUAUCUGUACCGAAUUGUGUUUUUUCGAAAGGCUUUGCCUAAUGUCUUUGAAAAUGGCCAAGGUCAUAGACAGGGCAAACUCGCAACCGUCACACAGCUAUUCUACCCCGAAAUCAUUGCCAAUUUUUAGGAUACCGACUGGUGAAGAUGAGGGCUUUUAAUGUUCAAUCUUUCUGCAGCAAGCUCUGUUUACCACUGAAGGGAUGGGAGGAUCACCUCUCGGUGCAGACUGUAUGCCUAAAUGUUCACAACUGAGGCCUACCUGGAGCACUCUUGUUUUGGUCUAGGCUUUGCCAACUGCUCAUGUGUUUACCCUUCUCAGCUUUUACAGAACAAAUCCGGAAGUCUACCGUUCCAUCCUCACAGUUCGAUGGAUCGGAAUGCUGUGUUUUUGACACCGUUUUGUAGAUCACUUUGAGGCUCUCACCUUAUUUAUCUGCUGUGGCUCACUCCAAUCCAGCAAACCAGAGGUGGGCUUCAAGUCCACGCCGAUGCUGUAUGUUUCUAUAAUUAGCUUAUUUUUUCGAGCCCAGCUCCAAAAACAUCAAAAGGACCAUGUUGUGUGGCCAUCCGGUUGUCAUAUUAGCAAGAUUUCUCAACCUUCUUAGAGCACACAUCUCCUCUAUUUGACGGCAUUGUCGCACACGAGAUGCUCCUUCUGCGUAAACCCUAUUGUGGGCAUUGCACUCCUAGAACUAAUUGCCAUGUGAAGCUUUAAACUACACAGUUUUUAUUCGAAAAUCCAAAUUUGAUAACACA